UACACGCGCCUGUUUUAUGCAGCGCGAAAUGGCUGGUCUUCGGCCAUAGCUUGGCUGCUGGAACAGGGCGCCGACGUCCACUUGGGUCAAUCAUUGACCGGUCAGACGACGCUGCAGGUUGCCGCUAUUCGCGGCCAUUACAACGCGGCAGUCCUGCUGCUCGACGCGGGCGCGCGACUCUACCAUCCCAACUCGACUGGCUGGACUGCGCUCCACUUCGCAGCCGCGGACAAUCGCUUCAAGAUGUGCAAGCUUCUGCUGAGUCGCGGCGCGUCGCUC